AUGGCCCGGACAGCCACCGUCUUCCUCCUCCUCGCUGCCGCUAUCUUCGCCUCAGCCUUCGGCGCGUCGGACCCGUUGACGGCCGUGCAGGCGGCUGACACCACCGGCGUCGAGGAAACGAGUAGCCGGCUGCCGGUGCACCGCGACGGUGACGAGGAGCAGGAGGAGGCCAAGGUGGGCGGGCGUCGGGGCGAUGUCACCGGAGACGUAGCGAGCUUGGCGUCCGCGGAGGAGGAAGGCAAGAAGGUCGGAUCCGAGUCCGACUGGGGCAAGGCGACGAAGCUGAACGACGACGACGACGACGACUCUGACUCCGAUCACGAUUCAGACUCCGAUCACGAUUCCGAUUCAGACUCAGAUCAUGAUUCUGACUCAGACUCAGACUCCGAUUCGGAUUCUGACUCCGACGAUGAUGACGACGACGACAACUCCAAGAAUGGAAGGAAGAAGAAGCAUGCGGCUCCCGGGAGGAAGGGAGCUCCGGGCGGUAAGCACGAUGACGAGCUGCCUAGAGUAGUAAUAAAGGUGUGA